GGGGGGGGGAGAGGGUGGACUGAGAGAAACGUAGGAAAGUCCAGAAGCUUCUAAAAUCGUCACAGCUGUACAGGCUGAGAGAAAAGAGAGCGUAUUUAGAGAGAGAGAGAACAUAGAGGGAAAGAGAUUUCACUCUGAGGAAGCUCACACAGAAACAAGAUGUCUAAGGGUCCAGCAGUUGGAAUUGAUUUGGGCACCACAUACUCCUGUGUAGGUGUCUUUCAGCAUGGAAAAGUAGAAAUUAUUGCCAAUGACCAGGGCAAUCGCACCACUCCUAGCUAUGUGGCAUUCACUGACACAGAACGGCUCAUAGGGGAUGCUGCAAAGAACCAAGUGGCUAUGAAUCCAACCAACACCGUGUUUGAUGCUAAGCGACUAAUUGGUCGACGCUUUGAUGAUACUGUAGUACAGUCCGAUAUGAAGCACUGGCCUUUUACUGUUAUUAAUGAUGGAGGUCGUCCAAAGGUUCAGGUUGAGUACAAAGGGGAAACAAAGUCAUUCUAUCCAGAGGAAGUAUCAUCUAUGGUGCUCACUAAGAUGAAGGAGAUUUCUGAAGCUUACCUAGGAAAGACAAUAACUAAUGCUGUGGUAACCGUCCCUGCAUACUUUAAUGACUCACAAAGGCAGGCAACAAAAGACGCUGGAACCAUAUCUGGACUCAAUGUGUUGCGUAUCAUUAAUGAACCAACUGCGGCUGCCAUAGCUUAUGGACUGGACAAGAAGGUAGGAGGAGAGAGGAAUGUUCUCAUUUUUGACCUGGGAGGAGGCACCUUUGAUGUGUCAAUUCUUACUAUUGAGGAUGGCAUAUUUGAGGUUAAGUCUACAGCUGGUGAUACCCACUUGGGUGGUGAGGACUUUGAUAACAGAAUGGUCAACCACUUUGUAGGCGAGUUCAAACGCAAGCACAAAAAAGACAUAACUGAGAACAAACGAGCUAUUCGUCGGCUACGUACAGCUUGCGAACGUGCUAAACGUACACUGUCCUCCAGCACCCAGGCCAGUAUUGAAAUAGAUUCCCUGUUUGAGGGCAUAGACUUCUACACUUCACUCACCCGUGCCAGAUUUGAAGAACUUAAUGCAGAUCUCUUCCGUGGGACUCUUGAGCCAGUGGAAAAAUCUUUAAGAGAUGCCAAGCUGGAUAAAGCCCAGAUCCAUGAUAUUGUUUUGGUUGGUGGUUCCACACGCAUUCCAAAAAUUCAGAAGCUGCUGCAAGACUUCUUCAAUGGCAGAGAGCUGAACAAGAGUAUAAACCCAGAUGAAGCAGUAGCUUAUGGAGCUGCUGUGCAAGCUGCAAUCUUGUCUGGAGAUAAAUCUGAGAAUGUGCAGGACUUGCUUUUGCUAGAUGUCACCCCUCUGUCCCUUGGCAUUGAGACAGCUGGUGGAGUCAUGACAGUGCUUAUUAAACGCAAUACAACAAUUCCCACCAAGCAGACCCAGACUUUCACCACCUACUCUGACAAUCAGCCAGGAGUCCUCAUCCAGGUAUUUGAGGGUGAAAGAGCAAUGACCAAAGACAACAAUCUGCUGGGAAAGUUUGAACUAACAGGAAUACCUCCUGCUCCCCGUGGUGUCCCCCAAAUUGAGGUGACAUUUGAUAUUGACGCUAAUGGAAUCAUGAAUGUGUCAGCUGUGGAUAAGAGUACAGGCAAGGAAAAUAAAAUCACCAUCACCAAUGAUAAGGGCCGCUUGAGCAAGGAAGAAAUUGAACGUAUGGUACAGGAGGCUGACAGAUACAAGUCUGAAGAUGAGGCCCAAAGAGAAAAAAUUACAGCCAAGAACUCUUUGGAAUCUUUAGCCUUUAACAUGAAAAGCACAGCUGAGGAUGAGAAGUUAAAAGAUAAGAUAAGCCCUGAGGAUAAGCAGAAAAUACUGGAUAAAUGCAAUGAGGUCAUCGCAUGGCUGGACAGGAACCAGAUGGCUGAGAAAGAGGAAUAUGAACAUCAACAGAAGGAACUACAAAACCUCUGCAACCCCAUCAUUACCAAGCUGUACCAGGGUGCUGGAGGAGCUGGCAUGCCUGGCGGGAUGCCUGGGGGUUUUCCUGGAGCUGGAGGCAGCACUGCUGGGGGCUCUUCUGGACCCACCAUUGAAGAAGUGGACUAAACUGUUACACAUAAAGCUGAACACCACAUAGCACCUUCCUAUCUGAUCAUGAUACAUUAGUUGCAGCUCUUGCCCUGCUUUCUCUAGCUGGCACUUUGUGCAUUAGUAAAAAAGAAAGUGUUUGAGCUCUUUUUGUACUAUGCCCACUUUAUCUAGCAUCUUGCAUUUUUUAUGGGAAUUACGCUACUGAAACCCCAUUAAGCACUUUUGUGAUUUUCAUCUCUACAAUAUAGUUAAAAGGACCUUGAACUAUAAAUUUUGUUCCCCAAAAAUGUUAUACCUAUGUAUAAUAGCAAAAACCCUUUUUUUAAUUAUUUAUUUUGCCUGCUUUUACUCUAAUUUAACUCUGAAAACUGUAGUUUCCAUGCCCCCCCCCCCAUAAAAACUAGAGUGACAGAACCAUCAUGCUCCUACAUACUGCACAGUCUUUGGUUGAUAUAUGCAGAAGCUUGAUUAAUCUCUUCCUAAUUGGCUAAAACAAUAGAAGUAAGGUAAUCAACAAUCAAGAGGCUUUUCAAGGUGUGUGUCCAAGCCUGCAAAACAAUACCUAUUUUUCUAACAAAACUUUUAUUUUGCAAUGAAGUAAAUCAUUUCUAUGCACACAUGAAAAAAUGAGUUUAAUGUCUUGUUAAGAGCACAAUUCACAUUCUAUGUAAUUUCUGUGCAAAUUGUGCAGUCUAUUGUGGAAAGUGUCUUAAGUUUUAUAAAUAGUAAUUAAAAAACACACAAAAAAUAAUUGAGAAAGUGGAUGUAUGUAACUCAACUAAUUUAAAACAUCUUUUACAAUAUUUUAUCUUGGAGUUUGUUGGAAAUUUUGUAAUAAUGUUGAGCAUGAACCACAAAUUUAAAGGGACAGUCAAGUAAAAAAAAAACUUUCAUGAUUCAAAUAGGGCAUGUCAUUUUAAACAACUUUCCAAUUUUCUUUUAACACCAAUUUUGCUUUGUUCUCUUGGUAUUCUUAGUUGAAAGCUAAACCUAGGAGGUUCAUAUGCUAAUUUCUUAUACCUUGAAGUCUGCCUCUAAUCUAAAUGCAUUUUGACAGUUUUUCACCACUAGAGGUCAUUAGUUCAUGUGUUUCAUAUAGAUCACAUUGAGCUCAUGCACGUGAAUUUACAGAGGAGUGAGCACUGAUUGGCUAAAAUACAAGUCUGUCAAAAGAACUGAAAAAAGGGGACAAUCUGCAGAGGCUUAGAUACAAGGUAAUUACAGAGGUAAAAUGUGUAUUAUUUUAACUGUUUUUGUUAUGCAAAACUGGGGAAUGGGUAAUUAAGAGAUUAUCUAUCUUUUAAAACAACAAAAAUUCCGAUGUUGACUGUCCCUUUAAUGCACAAUACCCUUCAUGAUUACACAUCUGUUGAUUUGGAAGGAAUAAGACACGUGGUAGGUUUUAGAGUUUACUGUAAAAGAUUUACUAUAUUCCAGCUUACAGCUCUGUAAACACUAGGGUACCUUUUAGCAUCUUGUAAAUGGCGUAUUUCGUAGGUGAUCUACACUUCGCUAAAAAGCUUAUCUCUACAGACGUGUGCAGAAUCAUAUUUAUUGACCCAUUCAUUAUUUUCUUAGGAGCCUACAGCAGUAUUGAGGAGCCAACCAUACAUUUUAAGAGCUCCUUAAAGGGAUAUAUAACCCAUAUUUUUUCUUUCAAGAUUUAGAUAGAGAAUACAAUUGUAAACAACUUGGUAUCCUUCUUUAAAGGAGCAACAAUGUACUCCUAGGACCUAGCUGAAGACAUCGGUUGAUCUAAUAACAAGAGGCAUAUUUGUGCAACCACCUGUCAGCAACUAGCUCUCAGUAGUACAUUGCUGCUCCUGGGCUUAACUAGCUAUACUUUUAAACAAAUAAUACAAAGAGAACAAAGAACAUUAGAUAAUAGGAGAGUUGUUUAAAAUUGCAUACUCUAUCUGAAUCAUGAAAUAAAAUGACUUUACUGUCCCUUUAAAGGGUGUUUGUAUAUCAAUUUCUAAAAAAUUCUCUAUAGAAGUAAAAUUGUAAGAGAGCUGGCACCUUCAAUUUGUCAAACUCUGCUUUAAGAUAUUAUAACAAAUAUGUAGGUAAAAUGCAAUCUAAGAUUAUUUUAACAAAAGUUAAAACAGUCUAUUUACUCCCAACCCUGUUUCAUUUGUGUACAGAUGUGCGUAGUGACACUGAUCAUGUUUUAUGACAAUAAGGUUGAAGUGAACAAUCUUUACAUUUCACUUUGUUAUGAAGACAGAUGAUUUCUAACCUCAGUUUUUCUUGCAAAGCAUAAAAUAUCUUGAGAAGACAAAGCCAAGCAGAAUGCAAGUUAUUGAUGCAAAAGAAGUGUAAUAGUGUUUUAAAAGGAGUGAGUUUGCACUCAAAUUGGAGCAGACAACCCAACAUUGCUGCACAAAACCUAAAUAUAAAUAAUUUCAGUUUUCUUUCUGUAUACAAUUGAAUUGGUAUUGAAUGACCGCAAUUAAAUUCACUGUAACAACCACCCUAUCCAUAAGGAAAUUAAAUGACACAAUAUGGGGGAUUGAGAUUGGAAACAAAGGUUAUGUUCAAAUGAAUUGGUCUUUCCCUGCUGUACAGUAACUACAUAUAGAUUAAUUCAUUUAUUGCCAAGACUUGUUAUCACAUAUGUCUUCCAUGUGUAAAGGGACAGUAAUCUCAAAAUUAAACUUUUUUUUCUGAUUCAGACAGAGCAUGCCAUUUUUAACAACUUUCCCAUUUACUUCUAAUUAUAAAAUGUGUUUUGUUCUCUUGGAAUCUUUUGUGGAAAAUCAUACUUAGGUAGGUUUAGUAAUAGCAAUGCUCUACUGGGCGUUUGCUGGUGAUUGGUGGCUGUCAUUAUCUCACUCGAUGUGUUCGGCUAACUUCUCAGCCUUCCCUAAGAUUACUAUUCAACGAAGGAUAACAAGAAAUCAAAGUAAAUUUGAAAAAACACUAAGGGCUAAAUUACGAGUGGAGCGGUAUUUUGUGCUCCCGCUAGUACCUUAACUGCACUAGAAGUAAGCUUUUUGCACGUGUCGGGAAGUAAGCAUAUUAAAUGUUAAAAGUAAAACGUUUUCACACGAGCAUUAACCAGACGCAUACAAAAAAACUGGUUAGAAUAUUCUCCAAUAGAAAUCAAUGAAGCAAGAAAAGUGGAAAAAUUAACCUAACACCCUACUCACGCACAAACUUGAUCACAUUUUCUCAAGUGCACUAACCCAACAUCAAAAUAUUAAUAUUUCACAUUCCAAUGCUCUUAGCAUAGAAGAAAAUAUUCUAAUUAUUCAUAAAUAAAUAUUUCUAUAAAUCUAAUGUUGUUUUUUUUUCUAAAAUAUAUAUCUAUACCUCUAUAUAUAUAUAUAUAUAUAUAUAUAUAUAUAUAUAUAUAUAUAUAUAUAUAUAUAUAGAUGAUUAUAUAUAGGUAUAAAUAUAUACAGAUAUAUAUUGGAAUAUCUAUUUACAAAAUAAGUAGAAUAUAUUCCCCUAUGUGAAGAACAUUUGAAUGUGAAAUAUUUAUAGAUGAUUAUAUAUAGGUAUAGAUAUAUACAUAUAUAAAUAUGUGCAGAACAUUGGAAUGUGAAAUAUUUACAGUAAAUACACAGUAUAACACUUUAUUAAAAAUGAAUAUUGCAUAAAUAUGCUUUAACAUGUUUUCAUCUACUUGACUUCAAAGGGCUCCUUUGCACUUAUAUAUAUGUUUAUAUAUGUGUACAUAUGUAUUUAUGUGUUUAUAUUUGUAUAUGUCUGUAAAUACAUAUGUAUUCACAUAUAGACAUACAUAUAUAUAUAUACACAUCUUUAGACAUGUAUGUGUACAGUAUGUAUCUCUAUUUUUAAGCCCUUUGCCUGCCUUUAUUUCACCUGAUACCUCCUAUCUUUGAGCCCUUAUAACUUUUUUUGUGCAAUAUUUUUUUAAAUAAUUUAUAUCAGUGUUAUUAUGAGUAUUACUGUACUUUUCAUUGUAUUUUUGAUGUGUUUUGGGACACUUUUUUGUUGAGAGUAACAGUUAACCAAAGCUCUGAUAUCGUGGUAAUCAUUCUAGUGUAAAUUGCGAUUGUGCUCACGCAUUUGCGUUUACUUUCAACUUGCAAUAUGAGGGCUACUUCCAAUGUGCACAAAAAGCUAUGAUAAAACCGAUAUUGCUUGUGCGAAACAGUUUGUGCGCCACUUUUAAUCUAGCCCUAAAUUGAAAAUUUGUUUAAAAUGAUAUGCUCUAUAUAAUUCAUGUAAGCUUAGUUUUGACUUUACUGUCUCUUUUAAGAGGUCUUCCGGAGAUAUGAAGGAACUAAAAUAUUCUAAUUAUUAGUGUCUAAAAUAAGCUUUAAUGUAUAAUUGUAAACACUUUAGAUGCAGAUAACAGCUUGUGCAUUUUAUAUGAGGCUUUUAAUCAGAAUUGUAUUUGGAGUGCCAAAAUUUCUAUCAUCAUGCAAUAAAAACAAAUAUGUUCAAAAUA